ACUUCCGGUCAAAAUGGCAUUCACUUUUGCUGCAUUCUGCUAUAUUUUAGCACUCAUUCUUACUGCUUUCCUGAUCUUCUUCGCCAUUUAUCAUAUCAUUGCCUUUGAUGAAUUAAAAACAGACUAUAAGAAUCCAAUUGACCAGUGUAACAGUUUAAAUCCACUUGUAUUACCUGAAUAUGGCAUCCAUUGCUUGUUCUGCGUUCUGUUUCUACUAUCUGGACAAUUCUUGAGUUUGUUCCUCAACUUACCACUUCUUGGGUAUCACAUCAAUAGGUAUUUGCAUCGCCCAGUGAUGACUGGUCCAGGUUUAUAUGACCCCACUUCUAUCAUGAAUGCUGAUCAGCUGAGUAAGGCAAUGAGGGAAGGAUGGUGCAAACUAGCAUUUUAUUUGUUGUCAUUUUUCUAUUAUUUGUACAGUAUGAUCUAUGUGCUUGUAUCUGCUUCAUCGUAAGGAGUUGAAGAGGCUAGGGUAUAGGAAAAAAUUAGGAAAAUCCCUUCACGAGUGUUAAAGAAGUUUACCUAUAAUGGUCAACAUGUUCAUGUAUGAAUGGCCUUAUGUGCUUGGGAAUAGCAAUUGUAAAAUCUCAUCUAACAUUUUAAGGGCUGCAUUGUAUUUCAAAGUGGAAAGCGAGAUAUUUAUUUGGAGUUCCUUUUGCUUAGUAGGCUGGGUUGACAUAGAGUUGUCACUUGUUAGAUGUGUUGUUUCUCAUGUAUCAAGCCAUUUCUGGGCAACAUUGAGUCACGUUGUCACUUUUCAACCUAAUCGUCCUCCGUCAUGCUAUCUGGCUGAAGUCAGUUGAAACAAACAUGCCCAUGACUAGUGAUAUGUAAACAAGUGACAGGUGACAAGUAACAACAUGACACCUAUGUUAGCCAAGACUUUUUGAUAUUCAUGUUGGGUUUGAUCCAUUAGUUUUGAUCUUAUCGUUUUAUACCUGACGAAUACAAUAUCAAUAAAACGUCCCACCUGAAGUAGUUUUAGACAUGAAGUAAAUAUGAUGAAUUGUACAUGUAAGUUAUUGUUCUACCUGUUGUGAGUCCUUGAUUCAUGAGGGUUGGUCUUUACCACAUUGGUAUAAAAGAACACUUUCCUUGGUCUGUCGGUGUACUCACGAAGAAUUAAAAUGGAGCAUUGUGUGAAGAUUUUUUGUUACCUUUGCUUAAGAAGCUACUUAUCAUGUUGUAUAAUACUACUUAGUUGGGUAGAAUCUUCACAAUUUGGCAUUCAAAAGAUUCAAAUGCCAUUGUGCCAACAUGUAGGGUUAAUAUUCAAAGUAAAGGAGACAUCAGGCCUUUGUGAGAUUAGUUUUUGUAACUGGAGAUAAAUUGAAAAUUUUUUUGACAUGAAGGGUAGGGUAUCCAAUAGUUGGAUAAAAACAAGCGCCGUACAGAAUGAGUUUAUUUCUUUUUUAUGAUCCAUAUUCAUGUAUGAAAGCAAGAAUAAACUUGGUUCUUGUUUAUUCUUGUAUGAGUAUUAAUUGCUUAAAAAAUUAUCUGUCAUCACAUUCAUGUGCUGUAUCUUGAAUGUGUAAGUGGGCCCGGGGAUGAAGUUAAAAAACAACAACCUUGCAUUAGGUUUAAUAGAAAAAUAUAAGCUUGUAAUAGCUUUAGUAGACAACACUUUCUAUUAGCUCUCUGUGUUUGGUUAGACAACCAAUACCUCCAGGUCACAGGCUUGUUAUGUUCACUGAGAUAUCAACUUGUACAUUACAGCUUAUUUUCCCAUCAAAGCCAAAGAACAAAUGCUUUGAUUCUUUACUUCGAUUCGUCAAUAUGACAUUAGUGUAGACGUAUGACAUUUCAAUUUGACAUUGCCAAGCAUAUCUGUGCUUUGAAUGUACAUGUAUUGUUACAGUAACAUCCAAACUGCACAGAUAUGAUAUGAGCAUGCUCAGUAGUCAUAUUGCAUGUAGUUCAAAGCACUCGUCUUUGUCAUGUUUGUGUCACAUUAAAUAUCUUUCAAGAAAUUAUUGUUACUUAAUAAAUUAAU